AUGGCAGCAGCACCACGAACAGCAGCAGCAGCAGAAGCAGCAGCAGCAGCAAGACAAGGUUUGGGAGCUGCUUCAUCUUCGGCAUCAGCGGAAAGCCUCAGCAGCACGCAGCGAGUGCUGUGCUGGAUUCCCUGCGGCAGUACACAGAGCAGCAGCGGCAGCUGCAGCAGCAACAGCAGCAACAGCAGCAACGGCAGCAGCAGCAACAAGAGCAAGUCGCAGCAGGGACCACAUCUGUUUCCCCCGGGGAUGCAGCAGCAGCAACAACAGCAGCACGUCUGGCAGCGUCUGCUGCUCCUGCCUCUGAUUCUCCUGGAGCUACAGCAGCAGGAGCAGCAGCAGCAGGUGCAGCAGCAGCAGCAGCAGUUCCUGCUGCUGCUGCAGUGCACCCGUUGA